AUGGAGGGACUCACAUUUCCAAAUGACUGGCAGACGACUAUAACAGAGUUUCUGAAGUCAGGAGCAACGCCGUCCGAUAGGUCGGAAGCGCAUCUGCUCAGAAGGAGAGCUGGUCGGUUCGUCCUCAUUGGCGACCAGCUCUACAAAAAAGCGUUCUCCGGGCCUUUACUUAAAUGCGUUGGCCCGGAGGAUGUGGACUAUAUUCUGCAAGAGGUACACCAAGGCUCAUGCGGAGGGCAUCCAGGCGACCGCUCAUUGGCGAGGAAGAUUCUUUUGGUCAGCUACUUUUGGCCAACUUUACAGGAGGACGCCGCCCGGGCAGUUGCCACGUGCUUAUCCUGCCAAAGCAAUGGGCAAGCUGAAGUCGCCAUUCGGGAGAUCUUGCGAGUUCUGCGGGCUCGGCUCGACCAUGAAGGAGGGAGUUGGGUAGACGUGCUGCCCGAGGUAUUAUGGGCACUCCGAACGACGCCCAAGGAAGGAACAGAAGCGACCCCCUUCCACCUGGUGUAUGGGGGAGAGGUCAUCGUCCCAGUAGAAGUCGGAGUAGAAUCCGAUCGGAUCCGAGUCUACGACGAGAACAAUGCUGAGCUGAGGCAUUUGGAGCUGGACCUGGUGGACGAGGUGCGAGCCAAGGCCACCGUCCGGUUGAUGGCGUACCAGCAGAGGAUGAAGCAAAACUACAACAGGCGGAUAAUGCCCAGAUCUUUUCAGGAAGUAAAAACAGAAGGGUUUUGUGAAAUCACCGUCGAACGGCGACGUUAA